AUGUCUCCCCUACCUGGCUCUGUCUUCCCGUAUUCGCCAGCAGCCUCUCCUGUGUCCUCAAUACCUCCUUGGAUCCGUUCUCAGCGCCCACCACACCCCCGCCCUGCACAGCUGCAGCCACCAUUCUCUCCAGCGCCUUGCCCGAUUGCGUCAAGUUGGGCGUCCCCCAUAUCUCUCCCUACCGCGUCCUCCACCUCCUCAUCCUCAUCCGCAUCACCAUACACCCGUCCACGGGCCCUCCGGAUAGCUAAUCUACUCAAACCUUGGAUCCCUAUAAUUCUGUAUGUUAUGACGACGCUGGGCUUCCUCGCGGCCGUCAGUUUCUGGAAAGUCGAGGUCUUCGAAGGGCUGGACCAGCUAUCACACUGGCUACAGUCCGACACCUAUCUAGGCUAUGCUGUGAUAUUUGCACUCAUCUUCGUAACCACAUUCCCUCCCAUCCCACUAUACUCCACACUCAUUAUCCUCUCUGGCUACACUUUCGGUCCUUGGACGGGCGCAAUCAUCUCAUAUUGGGCCUCACUCGCCGGCGCACUCGUCGUCUUCACGCUCUCGCGCACGUUCUUCCGCGCGAGCAUAUCCCGAUGGUUGUCGUGCACGGUCACGAUCAAGCGCGUAGUGCGCGCGAUUGAGAACAACCCGAAGCUUCUCUUUCUCAUUCGCCUCGCGCCGUACCCGUACAACGUGAUGAACUGCCUUCUCGCGGCGUCGCCGAGCCUCACACUCCGCACGUACACGAUGUGCACCGCGCUCUCCCUGCCUAAGCUCAUCAUCCACACGAGCAUCGGAAGCUCUAUCCGCUCCUUCGCGUCGUACCACGUCGCGCGACCCGAGGGUUCUCCGGCGCACGACGCGGACGACGGUGCGGCGCUCUCCCACUACUCCACGGCGGCGGGCAUCGUGCUCUGCCUCGCCAUCUUCGUCUACCUCUCAUACAUCACCCGCAAGGCCGUCGAUGAGGAGCUGCAGGACGAGGACGCGCUCGAUGCGCGGUACGCGGAGGAACGCGUCGCGUUCCUUGCGGGCGAGGACGACUCGAAUCUCGACAUCGAGCACAUGGCCGAGGCCCCCGCACGGGCGCCCGUCACCAUCCGUCCACAACCCGUACGCGCGGACGCGGCGACGCCGACCGCGGACAGGCCUGCGGGCGGCACGGACAUCUCAGGCUCGAACGCUUAA